AAAUACAAUUUGUGCCUUUUUUAACCGAUUCUGACCUCUGCCCUGUCAAGUGUUCGCGGACUUUGUGCAUCGGAAGGAGGAGAAGGAGAAGAACUGGAGAAACAAAGCGUCACAGUUCGAUCCGCGAUCGCGUCGAGUAUGGAUCAUUUUGUGGGCGAGCCACUUUUCACCAACAAUCUGCUUCCAUCGAGUGGACCCGGCGGACCGAGUCCCUCGGAGGCGCGUAACAAUGAAACUCGAAGAGGUGCUGGCAUUUUGGGAACAAUCUUUUUGAUUGUGAACACUACGCUGGGGGCUGGAUUAUUGAAUUUCCCGCAGGCCUUCGACAAGGCCGGUGGAGUAGGAACCUCCGUUGUGGCUCAACUUGGCUUUCUUGUUUUCAUCACAGCUGCUCUGGUGAUACUGGCCAGCUGUAGCAAUAGUACAGGCACCGAUACCAUGCAGGACACGUUCGCUGGAUUAUGCGGAUCCAAGUCACUUGCUUUCUGCGGAAUAUGCGUGGCUAUUUACAGUUUCGGUUGCUGCUUGACAUUCCUGAUAAUUGUUGGCGAUCAGUUCGACAGAGUGUUCGCCACCUAUUACGGACUUGACUAUUGUCAUACGUGGUAUUUAUCCAGGCCAUUCGUGACAGCUUUAUCUUGCAGUAUGUUUAUAUUGCCCCUAUGCUUCUUUAAAAGAUUAGACGUUCUAAGUUACGCAAGUUCUGUUGGUUGCAUAACCAUCGUGUACGUCGUAUGGUUGAUUAUUUACAAAAGCAUCACCAUACAGAACGGUACUGUACCACCUAUAAAAAUCUGGCCGGAUAAUGGAUAUGAGGUUCUUCAGAUAAUACCCAUCAUUUGCUUCGCUUACCAGAGUCACAUGACGGCAAUACCGACUUAUGCCUGCAUGAAGGAUCGUAAUCUGUGCAAGUUUACCCUGUGCGCCGGCAUCAGCAUGCUGAUCUGCUGCGGCACGUACAGUGUCGUCGGUUAUUUCGGCUACGCCACGUUCGGCAGUGGCAAGGUCCCGAGCGAUAUCCUGCAAGGCUACACCGAUAAGAGUGCCGUGGUGACCGUAGCAAUAAUUGCAAUCGCGGUCAAGAACUUCACUACUUAUCCCAUUGUACUAUACUGCGGCCGAGACGCGCUUCUCGGGAUUUUGGAUGUGAGCCUCGAUCGAAUCGGCGUCCGGGUGAUGGUUACGUUGACCUGGUUCGUUUUGUCGUUGGUCAUCGCCAUUCUAGUGCCGGACAUCUCGCCGGUCAUCAACUUAUUGGGAUCGCUAUCAGCGAUGUUCAUUUUCAUGCUGCCAGGCAUCUGCCUCCUGCAGAACGUGUUCCUUGGAGAUCCGGAAUUGUACUUGAACAAGAACCGUUUGUUGGCCAUCUUCGCGAUCUUCCUGACCGCCCUUGGAGCCUUUGUGUGCGGCGUUGUGUUUAUGGAAGCUCUUCAAGAUCUACAGAAGACACCGCUCAAACCGCCAUUGGUCACCGGUUUUAGACAGCUUAGAGAGAGUCUGUGCGUUUGAUAAUAACGGUCAUAACACUCAAAAUAAACGUUAGACAUCGCGAUCUGAUAAACUUAGAGAUUUAUUAUCAUUGAUAACAAUCUGUUAACGGCGUGCCAUGCUCUCUGCAGAUCUCACAUGCAACUUGAUUCGAAUGAGACUGAGAAAGCUGAUUUGCAAUUCGACCAUACUUUAACUUUCGUUAAUGUUACAUUAAGAUGAAAAGAUAUAGUUAAGGCGUCAGAAAGACUGAUAUACAUAUAUAUACAAUUUUUACCGAUUAACUCAUUUACACGCAGAAUUGCGUGAAACUGAUUCUUUUAAACUUUUGACGUCUUCUGUUGUUUAAGAUGUGCUCAAGAAUAUAUAAGUAUAUUGUACUUGUGAAUGUAAAUAAAAAAUUUUUGUGAUAUUUUA